AUGACUGUCGAGCAUUUUCGUCCAUUCUCCAACGACUCCCAGAGUUUUUACGAAUGCGCUCCACUAACCGAAGAGGAGCGAGAAGAAUAUCAGAUAACGGGCAAGUAUCUGGGCGUCUGGACGAAGCGCCGGUGCUCCGCGGAGCAUGCGUUUGACGCGGCAAAGCAGAAAUGUAUUGACAAGAAGAAGUUGCAUCGACAGCGAGCGCAGUGUCAGCAAAACCCGGGUUCGUUCGGCUGUCAGCAAUAUUGUCAGCCAACGGAAUGGGCUCAGCCAGCUGUUGGAGCGGCGUGCAAUUGGCAGUACAGUUUGCUGUAUUAUACGCCCGAGGAUACGCACGGAUUCUUGCAAUGCGCUCAGACCAGUGCAUCGUGAGUUUUAAUGCUUAUAAUUUUAUUUUUUGGCUAUAGAGAUCCAUGUGGUGAAUGGAUCCGGAUUGACUGCCCUCUGAAUACAGCGUUCGACAUCAAUAUUCAACUUUGUGUUCCUUUGGCCGUUGAAGCUGACACUUGUUCGGCAGCAAACCAAGUGGCGGUCUGUAAAUGUGGAACUAACUCGCAUUCUUGCCCGGGGAUUUCGCAAUGUACUGACGUGAGUUAAUUUUGCCUCAUUUUUAAGCCGGUUGAGACGAACUAAGCAACUGGGACCAAAAAGAAACGGUUUAUAGUGGUUCUUUGUUCAGUCCUAGUGUUAUCAUUAUGUUACAAAUGCUGAACUGUUGUGCAGGGUUUGGCUUGUACAACUCUGUCAAAAAAUUCGGCUAUUUGAUCAAUAAAUUCAAAGCCUCUAAGCCUCCAACAACAGAUCAUUCUAUAAUUUUUAGGGGGUGUGUUGUGCCACCGUCAGCCCAUACGACAUGGUAGUCUCCGACCAUCCCGCUUUAUACCAAGCCUCGGCUUCGGCCUGCCCCGGCAGUGGGACCUACCCAGUUUCGAUGUGCGCGUCCUCUUGUCCGCAAAGUAAGCAUUUUUAAGCUUAAAACAGCGAUAAUUUCCUCUUUAGCCUAUACCUGUCAACCCAACGUCGGAUGCUGCCCUAUUAUUUCGAUUGUCCCUCCACCAGCUCCAGCACCGACUCCAGCACCAACACCAGCGCCAGUUCCAACACAGACAAUCGUCUUGCAAUUAACUACUUGUCCAGCGUCGAAUUCUCAACCGGUCUCGUCGUGUGGCUCUUGCCCAACAGGAUAUAUUUGUGCUCCUUUGUUGGGGGCGUGUUGUCCAGCGCCGCCACCAACAACAGAAGCGCCGGCGCCGCCGCCGCCAGCGCCUCCAACUGUUCCAGCGCAAAUUGUCAUGCUUUGCCCGAGUAGGCCCUAAAUUUACUUUUGUAUGCCUUUAGGUGGUCAAAUGCCAACCCAGCAAUGCGCGCCAACCGCACCAUCUUGUCCGGCCGGCUCAAGUUGUUAUAACGGAGUUUGUUGCCCAUGUCAAUGCCCUCCAAGCACAAUGAUGCUGGGAAUAUGUCUUCCCGCAACUCCAGUGAGCCCGGCUUCCUCCUGUGCAAGUGGAGCGACUUGCCAAAACGGUUGUUGUUGCAGCCAGCAGCCACAAAUGCCGGUGUGUUCGAAUGGACAAGUGUCGGCGCAGGUUUGCUCGAGCACCGUGGUAAGUAUGAUCCUUGUAUAUAGCGCUUCUAGCAUAUGCCGACGUUCAGUUGAGUCGUUAAAGGGCUUUGCUAUUAGCCGUUGUCUCCAGUAUAGCCCAUUAGGCCGCUAAAGAUUUCUUGCAAUAGACAGGCUUUGCUCAAAAGAGUUUUCUCGGCCUUUAAACCAAUCUAACACAGUAAACUAACAACACAAGAGUUAUAUUCCCACUUUCAGCAAUGCGGCGGCGGCAUGGAAUGCUCCAACGGUGGUUGUUGCCCAAUUCCCUAUUGUCCGACAGGUCAGCAAGCCAUUGGUCACUGCUCCGCCGGUCAAACUUGCGGCGGAGGAAACACAAUUUGUCUUGAAGGCCUUUGUUGUGUCCUCCCCACCUGUUCUACCGGUCAACCGGCACAGUCCAUCUGCACGGCAUCGACUCAAUGCCCAGCGCCGAGUGUUUGUCAAGGCGGCGGCUGUUGCGCUCCGCCUACGUGCCCGACAGGAGCCCCAGCCACAAGCACAUGUCCUUCGUCAUGUCAACAACCCCAGCCGAUCAUAAUAAACGUGCCGGUGAUGCCGCAGCCCGCGCCUGCCCCAAUGCCCGCUCCUCAGCCGGUCUGUUGUUCGAGUGGUCAGCAAUGUGUCAACGGUGGUUGCUGUCAGUUGCCAACUUGUCCGACAAAUUCUCAGCCUGCAAUAAUGCUGUGUACGGCGACAACUCCUUGCCCAAGCGGGACAGAGUGUACCAAUGGAGGUUGUUGUCCAUUGCCGUUGUGCCCGAGCGGUCAACAAGCGUUGGUUAGAUGCAGUCCAUCGAGCCCUUGUCCUGGAGGAACGGUAAGUUUUUCUGAGUUUCCAAAGAGCCUUGCCUUCCAUCAUCACCAUAAUAAAGACACUGACUUGACUGCUUCUUCAGACCUGUACCAACGGCCUUUGUUGCACGUUGCCCGUCUGCACGUACGGCGGAAAUGUUGCCAGCAGUUUCUGCGGCACCUCUAACGCUUGCCCUACUGGCUAUUACUGCGAACGAGGAGCGUGCUGUCCAGAGCCCAUUCCACUUUGUCCAUCCGGUGGCAGGUCUGUAAUGCAAUGUGUGAAAGGAUCGGAUUGCCCAUCCGGUUAUGGCUGCACGUCUUCCGGUGGUUGUUGCCAACUUGUUACCGACUUUGUCUGUCCGAUGAACGCGUUGCCGAUUUGUCAAUGCAGUCCAACAUUGUCUUGUCCUGCCGGAAGCGCGUGCAACUCGGGAAUGUGCUGUACGACCGGUAAGUUGAGAGAGAAUCAAGUCAGUACAGGCUAUGAGAGUAAUUGAGGGCCGGCUUUAAUAUUCUUUAGCUAAAUUGUCAAAGACUAGCCCAAGACUCGCAAGAAAGCCAUAGUAAUCCCUUCCUCUCCAUUCCAGGUGCAACCGUCGCCAUGGCGGUUCCCGGAACGACUUGUCAGGCAUCCCCUCAAUGUUCUGGAUAUUCCUCUUCCGGCCCUGGUGCUCAAUGUCAAGGCGAUAUUUGCAUCUGCAUCAAAGGAGCAUUCUCCAACGGCGCCGCAUGUGAGCCUCAAGCCCCGAUAGUAAUCGAGCUAGCCAGGAAUGGAUGUGAUCAAUACGGAAGUCCCUGUAAAUAUAUGCUGAGUUCGGCUAGACGACGGCCAGUUUUCUCGCCGACAAAAAAUGCCACCGAAACUCCAUGUAAGUGGUGAAAGUUCAACGUCUUUUAUGUAUUAUUUGUGGAUGAUUAUAUGUAAUAAAAAGCUGUUUUUAGUGUGGUAUAAUACGGCCGCAGCAACUAUUCGUCGAUGUCCUAGGUCCUCGCCGGACAAUGAAACAAGCCCGGACAACACUUGUUUGCCAAAUGAAACCUGUGUCAAAGGAGAAUGCCGAAUGUAAGUAUUGCUUACAUAGAGGUAGCCUAGCGCGGCACUCACACAUAGGCCGCAUGCCAACUUCAGAAAGUUUUGGCUCACGCUUUGCUGUCCGAAAUAUUUGACGACCUUGCGGCCUAAAGAGCAUGCAAAAUUCAGAGAGCGAUUACAGAGAAAAACACUUUUAGGCCAUAUCUUUGCCAAUUUUGUGAGAAAAAAUCAUUUUUUGCCAAAACAUUACACUUUUCGGUAGAAAAAAGGCUUCAUGUUUCCCUAAAGUUUCGGCCUUAAAAUCUCCGUUGUUCCUGUAAAGAGCAAGCUUGGAGUCUCGCAUAUGUCUUAUAAAAAAUUAAUCUAAAUUUAUGACAAGUUUCAAGAAAACAUAGGCGUAGCACUGGGGGUACUUUCACUGUUGAAUAGCAUAGCUGAAAGAAACAUUUUUCUUAAUUUUACGCCCCCAUUCGCUAAAAAAGAGUUUCUGAUUGUUUUCUUGCCUUACAUGACUUACAGUUAGCAACCUCUUUUGUCAUAAUUCUUCCUGAAAUACCUUACUCAUCGAUCAGGCCAAAUUACUUAUAUACUUUAGGCGUCUCUGGCCCGGGGAAUAUGGCUGCGAAUCAAAUGCUGAAUGCUCUUCUCGGUGUAAAAACACAUAUUGUGAGCACAAAACGGACAAAGGAGUUUCGCAAUGCCAGUGUUCCAAUGGACUGCUACUUUACGGACGAUGCUGUAAGUCUUUUAUUACAAUUUCAGUCAACCCUUCUAUAUCACCUAUCUUCAACCCCAAUUUUUAGUUGAAAAAUGCCCCAAAGGCUUUCACGAAAGUGGUGCGCUCUGCGAACACGACGAUGAAGAUGCGUUUUGGGCAAGUCCAGCGUCUCAAAAUAGCCUUCAGAAGUUGUUAAAUACGGGUACCUGCUAA